AUGCUACGCCGCACUCCGCUGGUGACUCGCAGGUUUGUCCAUCUCAUGAAACGAAAACUGGACACGGCAACAUCAGACGGACGUCCGACGCCUGGCAUGGGCUCCAUCAUUCUCAACCCCCGCGAGAAGCAGUUCAAGGCUCUGCUGCUCGAUGUCGCUCAGGGCAUACCAGCCAAGCCCGAGGCAGUGGUUCUGCGAUGGGCUGGCGGCUGGGUCAGGGACAAGCUGCUAGGAACAGAGAGCCACGACAUCGACGUUGCCAUUAGCUGCAUGACCGGCGAGGCCUUCACCAGGGAGCUCGUCGCCUUCUGCAACGACACUGCCAAUCGUGAGCGCCAUGGCAUCUCAGAGGGUGACAUUGGCAACCUGCACAAGGUGGCCGCCAACCCGGACAAGUCCAAGCAUCUCGAAACUGUGACGACGCGCAUGUUUGGCCUCGAGGUUGACUUUGUCAACCUGCGCAAGGAGACGUACACAGAGGACAGCAGAAAUCCUCAGAUGGAGUUUGGCACCGCCGAAGAGGAUGCCCUGCGUCGCGAUGCUACUGUCAACGCCUUGUUCUACAACAUACACACCAGCGAGGUCGAGGACUUUGUUGGAGGCCUGCGCGACCUAGACCAGAAGCUCAUCCGGACCCCACUGGAACCGCUGCAGACCUUCAAGGAUGAUCCGCUGCGUGUGCUUCGCCUUGUGAGAUUUGCAAGUCGCCUGGGUUUUACCAUUGACCCUUCUGCCGAGAAGACAAUGGGCGACCCCGAGGUGCUUGAGGCCCUUAGGCUGAAGAUUAGCCGGGAGCGUGUCGGUGUCGAAGUCGAGAAGAUGCUCAAAGGCAAACACCCGAGAGACUCUUUGCACCUGAUAGACAGGUUGCAGCUCUAUCAAGCAAUAUUCACAGAUCCGAGUCGCACCAACCUCCCCUCGCCAGACUUGGCUAGGUGGAGCGCGGCAUAUGAGUGCAUGAACCAUCUGACGACUAACACAACACCGGGCUCGAUCUACAAUGUACUCGUCAGAACCGAGGAGGAGGCCUACUUCUGCUGGAUUCUCACGGCAGUCUUGCCCUGGGAGGUUCUGGAUUUGCCCGAAGAAAAAAUCAAGGGGUCGCUGACCCUUCCAGUAGCAACCCUGGCAGCAAGGGAGGGUAUUAGGGCAAGCAACAAGCUGUGUGACAUUGUCACUGCCACCCACCGCAACAGGAAAGAGAUAGAAUUGCUCAAGAAGGCUGUUUGCGACAAUGAGCCAUAUGUGAAAGAGCGUGACCGUAUGGGAAUGGCUGUACGCCGAUGGGACACGCGUGUGGGAAACUGGAGACCACAGGUUCUAGCUGCCGCCCUCGCUGAAGUAAUGACCUGCGCCGAGCCGGGAUCAGUAGAGAGCCGAGAUGAAGUGCUGAGUGGGUGGCAAAAGUUUCUGGACCACUUGGACGAACUCGACGUACUUGAUGCGCCUUCUUUAAAGAAGAUAAUAGAUGGCAAGACGCUGUCCAAGGCGCUCGGAGUCAAGCCAGGCCCUUGGAUGACCUCUGCCUUGGAUGUCUGUGUGGCCUGGCAACUGCGAAACCCCGGCGUCACGGAUACAGCAGAGGCCGUUGAGGAGGUUCGGCAACGGGCAAAGGAGUUGGGUAUUACUCUGAGCAAAUGA